AUGAAAGGCGGAGGCGGUGGAGGAGGUGGUGGUGUAGGCGGAGGCGGAAAGCGCCGGUGGAAAGUUCUGGUUAUUGGAGUUUUGGUUCUCGUUAUCCUCUCUAUGCUUGUUCCUCUUGCUUUUUUGCUCGGCCUUCACAACGGCUUUCACUCUCCUGGAUUUGUCACUGUUCAACCGGCUUCUCCUUUUGAGAGCUUAAGCAGAAUCAAUGCUACUAAACAUACCCAGAGAGAUCUAUCUGACAGAGUCGAUGAGGUUCUCCAAAAGAUCAAUCCAGUUCUUCCCAAGAAAAGCGACGUAUACGUGGGUUCCGUAGAUAUGAAUGGGGCAAGCAGCAGUGUUCCUAAGAAACGAGGAUUACCAGUGUCCCCAACUGUUGUUGCCAACCCAAGCCCUGCAAAUAAUACCAAAAUUGAAGCCUCAGAUAAAGGUGGUCAGGGGGCAACAGUAAGUGGUGAUGAAACUCAGAAAACUUGUGAAGUGAAAUAUGGGAGCUACUGCCUCUGGAGAGAGGAAAAUAAGGAACCGAUGAAAGAUGCUAAGGUGAAGCACAUGAAGGAUCUGCUAUUUGUGGCUAGGGCAUACUAUCCAACUAUUGCUAAAAUGCCUUCUCAAAGCAAGUUGACUCGGGAUAUGAAACAGAAUAUCCAAGAUUUUGAGAAAAUUCUUAGUGAAAGUUCGGCAGAUAAUGAUCUUCCGCCGCAGGUUGAUAAAAGGUUUCAGAAGAUGGAAGCUGUAAUUGCAAAGGCAAAGACUUUUCCGGUCGACUGUAACAAUGUUGACAAGAAAUUGAGACAGAUCCUGGAUUUGACCGAGGACGAAGCUAGUUUCCACAUGAAACAGAGUGUGUUCCUCUACCAGCUUGCAAUACAGACAAUGCCUAAGAGUCAUCAUUGCUUGUCAAUGAGACUAACUGUUGAAUAUUUCAAGUCAGCUGCACUUGAUAUUGAGGAUAGUGAGAAAUUUUCAGAUCCCUCAUUGCUUCACUUUGUUAUCAUCUCUGACAAUAUACUUGCAUCGUCCGUUGUGAUCAACUCAACGGUUGUACACGCAAGGGAAAGUAAAAACUUUGUUUUCCACGUACUGACAGACGAGCAGAAUUACUUUGCGAUGAAACAAUGGUUUAUCAGGAAUCCCUGCAAACAAGCAACUGUUCAAGUAUUGAACAUUGAAAAAUUCGAGAUGGACAGUUCAGAAAUGAAACUGACUUUGCCUACAGAGUUCCGUGUCUCCUUCACCGGUGGUGAUAAUUCGGAGAAUAGAACACACUACUUGUCCCUUUUCUCUCAGUCUCAUUACCUUCUUCCCAAAUUAUUCCACAAGUUGGAAAAGGUUGUGAUUCUGGAUGAUGACGUCGUAGUCCAGCGAGACUUAUCUCCCCUUUGGGAGCUUGACAUGGCAGGGAAAGUGAAUGGCGCUGUGAAGUCCUGCUCUGUUAGAUUAGGUCAGCUAAAGAGUCUCAAGGGAGGAAGCUUUAAUAGUAAUGCAUGUCUCUGGAUGUCUGGAUUGAAUGUCAUUGAUCUUGCUAAAUGGAGGGAGUUAGGUGUUUCAGAAACCUACCAUAAGUUUUAUAAAGAGAUGAGUGGUGGAGAUGAGUCGAGAGAAGCAAUUGCAUUGCAAGCAAGCUUGCUUACGUUUCAAGACCAAGUUUAUGCUCUCGACGACAAAUGGGCUCUAUCGGGACUCGGUUACGACUACUAUAUCAAUACCCAAAGCAUAAAAAACGCAGCCAUAUUGCACUAUAACGGGAACAUGAAGCCGUGGCUUGAGCUGGGAAUCCCACAGUACAAAAACUACUGGAGAAAUCAUCUGAAUCGGGAAGAUCGGUUCUUGAGUGACUGUAACGUGAAUCCUUGA